AUGCGAACCAUAAAGGACUUAUGGUUUAAUAAACCAGCAUUCACUCGUGUCAACUCGAACAGCACAUCCGAGAAGAAAGAAAGCGCCGAACUCGCAACCGAAUCCUCACCCCUCACCGAACCGCCCUCUUCCUUUGUAUUCGAUCAGAUAUCACCUGAAUCUGAACAAGAUGCUGAAGCACACUCAAACGCGGCGCUAUAUCUGUCAACUCAAGAUACCCUUCUUCAACCCCCUGCACGGCAACAAAGUUUCCAAAGCAUCGACUCGGCCACCGGGGUUUCAUCUCUGAAUGAGAGCUUUAGUGGAUCUCAGCGCAUCAUGAAAGAUGGCAAAGAAGUUGUCAUUAGCUCAGAUGGAGAAGACACAGACUCAAUAUGCUCAUUAGAGGACCCGAAGAACCUUUUCGCUCCAAAAUCUAAGCAGAAGGACGAGUUCACACCGGCCAAAUUCACCACGAAGAUAUCAUCGCCAAAGAAAUAUAGACACAAUAUUGACUCUCUCGUCUACGAUGCAGUGGAUGAUAACGAGGUCGAAGCCAGUGUCGCUCGGGCGAAAGCCAAUUAUGUGCGAAAGGAACUGAACAGCAAGGAGACCAGAAUCGACCCGUCUAACACUGGAUAUGCUCUGAAUGAAAAUAUGUUGAUCUCAGCGCUUGGCGAGAACGAAGACGGUGUCGGAGGUCAACGUUUGAUAGGUGCUAUUAGAAGAACCGAUGCUCUUGACCGCGGCCGUGCCUGGCCAUUCUUUGAUUGCACACAAACACUGCCCCCGGCCCCCCAAUUUCCACGGGAUCUGUUCGCACCUGGGACGAGUAUGGAUAUAUUAAGGGAAGCUGACUCCCGCGAGCGCCAGUUCAUGUCAGGCGAAUUUAUUCAGAUGGCUUUGUCCAAAGGGCUUGUGCCAGACGCAUUCGUUUUGUGGAUGUUUCGUUCAAUACCCUAUGAACGUCGAGAGGAAUUGAGCAACGCUUAUUACCGAACUAUUAAGAAUAUGGAUGUAGAGCGAUUAAAGUUGCUCAUCCGUCCAGCCGAUAUCAAUGAUCUUUUCUCGCGGUUGGGUGCUCGGAGCCAGGCUUUGGAUCCUUCCAAGGAGAUUAUUCCAGUUCUUUCGCAAUAUAUCACUCCGGAGUCUGCGUUGAAAGACCAUACUACCUUUGUUUCAGUCCUGAGAUUACUUAGAGAAACUGCUGGCUUAUUUGCAGAAGACACCCAAGAGCAGGUGGUGCUCCUACUGCUACGUCUUACUCUCGAUGUUUCAUUAACGGCGAUUUCCACGGUAUCUUCGGAGCUUCAGUGGACCAUCAAUGCUGUGCUGGAUCCUGAGAAUUUUCAAGAACCCAGUGCCAAAGAUUCGUUGAGUCGAGUUUGCGCCACUUUCUACUCCACGAUACAUGAUGUCUGCAUCCAAAGUCAAAUUGUACAUCAUAUAUUACCCACGUCUCCAUGGUUUGCGCUGAUACGAUGUCGCCUGGCCGUUGCGUUUCUACUACAAAGGCCUGAUCCUCUCACCGAACCCCCUGAAAAGUUGCUCGAUAUUAAACGUAUCACAUUGCUACUGAUCCGCGAUGAGCGUUUCCAAGUCAAGCGAUUCAAGGGUAUUGCCGACUAUGACUGGAGGGAACUAACUUCCCUCACGGCUCUUCUCAAUGUCGCGAUUGACUCGUCUUCGUUGGAGUUAAAUUUCAACAGUACACAAACCGAGAAAGACUACAACGCUGCCAUCGACAGGCUGGCAGCUCAAAUCAAGAUGAUAUUCUGCUCCAUUCAGGAUUCCGGUGCCUCACAUGUGACACGGACGGUAGCAAAAAGUGAACUCGAGGCCUUGCAUUACCGAAUCGUCUAUUCUGUUCGGUCCAAGCCACCGCCGAAAACCACUAUUUUCGAGUCACAUGUAAAGGAGGGAGACAUUCGAACCCAUUUCAGCAACUUUGCUGCACUUGCUGCUAGAAAACAAAAUACAGAAACCAGACUAGAAACGAACCCGUCUGUGGCGCCAGUCGGCGCAGGUAAUGGUGGCACAGAGAUUCCCAUCCGCGCACAUGACCAGGUAUCCUGA